CAAACCCCUGCCCAAACUGAGGUCAAUCUGUCAUUUCCCCGCCUCCAUCACCUCUUGCUCUGAAAUCUGCUCCGAUGAAACCUCAGUGUUGAGCUCUCCAUUUCCCGUCGAACUCUACACCAGAAGAAAAUGGCUUCUCUGUCAUACCGUUUGAAUCCAAAGCUGAUCGAUGUUUCAACGCCCCUUUACCUGAGGUCCACUUCCUUCUUCUGCUCAUCGCCAUCCGUGGAUUCCGAGAUCCCCAUCUCUUCCGCCGCUGGAGCUCAGGAUGCUGGCAUAUUACCAAUAUCGGGCAGGCCGCUAAGAGGUAAGCCCAAACCCCCUGAUAAACCUGAGGAUAUCAUCUGUAGAAUGAUGGCAAAUCGGGCCUGGACGACCCGUUUGCAGAACUCGAUCCGGAACCUCGUUCCAGUGUUCGAUCACGACCUCGUCUAUAAUGUCCUGCAUGCUGCUAAGAACUCGGAGCACGCUCUCCAGUUCUUCAGGUGGGUGCACAGGGCUGGGCUUUUCCGCCACAAUAGAGAAACUCAUUUUAAGAUCAUUCAAAUUCUCGGCAGAGCUUCUAAGCUUAACCAUGCUAGAUGUAUACUUCUCGACAUGCCCAAGAAUGGGGUAGAUUGGGAUGAAGAUUUGUGGGUGGUGAUGAUUGAGAGCUAUGGGCAGGCUGGGAUUGUACAGGAGAGUGUUAAACUGUUUCAGAGAAUGGAGGAGCUCGGGGUUGAGAGAACUCUGAAAUCUUACAAUGCAUUGUUCAAGGUGAUAACACGUAGAGGGAGGUAUAUGAUGGCUAAGAGGUAUUUCAACAAGAUGCUGAAAGAAGGAAUUGAGCCAACAACCCACACAUACAACCUUCUGAUUUGGGGCUUCUUCCUUGCUUCAAAGGUUGAGACUGCAAAUAGAUUCUUUGAGGAAAUGAAGAGAAGGGAAAUUAAUCCUGAUUUAGUAACUUAUAAUACGAUGAUUAAUGGAUACAUUCGUGGGAAGAAAAUGGAGGAGGCAGAAAAGUACUUCACGGAGAUGAAGGCAAGGAAUUUUGAGCCAUCUGUGAUUACAUACACCACCUUAAUAAAAGGGUAUAACUCCGUUGGAAGAGUUGACGAGGCAUUGAAAUUGUUCCAAGAGAUGAAAAGUUUUGGUAUUAAGCCGAAUGAAGCUACAUACUCAACCUUGUUGCCUGGGCUAUGUGAAGCAGAUAAGAUGUCUGAAGCCAAGACUAUCUUGAAGGAGAUGGAAGGGAAGUAUAUCGCACCCAGAGACAAUGCCAUCUUUGUAAGAUUAUUAUCCGGACAGUGCAAAGUUGGUGAUUUGGAUGCUGCAAUGGAUGUACUCAACGCUAUGAUCCGUUUGAGCAUUCCAACCGAGUCUGGGCAUUAUGGGGUAUUGAUUGAAAACUUUUGUAAAGUAGGAAAUUACGAACGAGCUAUUAAAUUAUUGGAUAAGCUCGUUGAGAAGAACAUUGUUUUGAGACCAGAGAACACUUUCCAUAUGGACCCAAGUGCGUAUAACCUGAUUAUUGACCAUCUCUGUAACAAUGGCCAGACUUCAAAAGCUGAAGUCUUUAUGAGACAGUUGAUGAAAAUUGGUGUUCAAGAUCCGGUUGCUUUGAACAAUUUGAUCCGUGGGCAUGCAAGAGAAGGAGAUCUUGAAUCAGCAUCUGAACUUUUGAAGAUCAUGGUUAGGAGGAAAGUUCUUACAGAAGAGAGUGCUUUUAAUUCACUUGUGUAUUCUUAUUUAAAGAAAGGAGAUCCUUCCGAGGCCAAAAUAGUUUUAGAUAGUAUGAUUGAAAAUGGACAUUUCCCAGAGUCAUCACUGUACAAGUCUGUUAUGGAGAGUCUGUAUGAAGAUGGAAGAGUUCAAACUGCAAGCCGUGUGAUGAAGACUAUGCUGGAUAAGGGAGUGAAGGAACAUGCGGAUUUGAUGGGGAAAAUAUUGGAAUCUCUUUUGAUGAGGGGUCACGUUGAGGAAACUCUUGGCAGAAUUGAACUGAUGAUGCAAAACGGUUUAUCGCCUGAUUUUGAUGCUCUUUUAACUGUUCUGUGUGAGAAAGAAAAGACGAUUGCUGCUUUAAAGCUCUUGGAUUAUUGUUUGGAAAGAGACUUCAACAUUGAGUUUUCAAGCUAUGAUAAGGUGUUGGAUGCUCUUCUAGCAGCCGGAAAGACCUUGAAUGCAUAUUCAAUCAUGUGUAAGAUAACAGAGAAAGGUGGUGGUGGAGUUAAAGGCCACAAAAGCAUUGAAGGAUUGAUAAAGAGCCUCAAUAAGGAGGGGAACACCAAACAGGCAGAUAUUCUUUCAAGAAUGGUUACAGGAAAGGAUAAAGACAGCAAGAAAGGAAAGAAGAGUGUGCUCAAUGCGGCGUGAUUUUUUCCCAACACUAAAUGCUACAUAACCUUCCAUCUGCGUGCUGUUGUAUCUCAUUUUCAAGAAACCAGUUUUUGCUUGUAUUCCUAGAACAUUUACUCAUGCAAAAUCCAAAUUUAAAUGCCGUAAUUCAGUGAUCUACUUAUUGGUAUGGGAUUGGGUGUCCAAAUAUAGUCCCCAAGACAGUGAAGAAACCUCCCCCAUCCCCCUACUUGAUGGACUUGAUGAGAAUGAUGACUUAAUCAUUCAGCCAUUAAAUCAUAUUUACUUAUGUCUUAUGUGAAUGCAUGACUUAAUCAUUCAGUAAAAAAAGUGACUUAUCAUUAAGCUAGAAAAUAAUAGUCAUUCCCAUUAAGACGUCUAUUAACGAUUAAGAUGUCUUUUUUGUCAUUUUUUAAAAUUGAUUAUGGAAUAAAUUUAUGUUAAUAAAUGAAGUUUCUCAUUAACAUUAUAAUAUACUUCCUAC